AUGCACCGUGCACCUACCGCAGGGCAGUUCGAGCCUGGCACGCACCCAAUACGACUCCAACCCGAAACAAGAAUGUUCGUGCGGUCUUGCUCCCUUUCUUCUUGGUCGGCGGCGGGAGCAGCAGCAGUAGCCGCGCGCGCCCCCGCGAGACCUCCUCCUCUCCCCUCCUCCCCGGCCACGCCGCCGCCCAUGCUCGGGUCCAGGUCCAUGGCCUCCUCCGGCGCCGGCGCCGGAGCCGGCCGCGUCCGCCUCGCGGUCGUCGGCGAUGUGCAUGAUGAUUGGAUCCUUGAUGAAGAUACAAAGGCACUCCAUUUUCUUCAGCCAGAUCUGGUGCUUUUUACAGGUGAUUAUGGCAACGAGAAUGUUCAACUUGUCAAAAGCAUUUCGGAUCUUCAGUUUCCAAAGGCGGCAAUUCUUGGUAAUCAUGAUUGCUGGCGUACACAUCAAUUUUCAGAGAAGAAGGUAGAUCGUGUCCGGCUUCAGCUUGCAAGCCUUGGUGAGCAGCAUGUUGGAUAUCAAUGUUUGGAUUUUCCAACAAUAAAGCUGAGUGUUGUUGGUGGGCGACCAUUUUCUUGUGGGGGUGACAGGUUAUUUAGACCAAAGCUUCUGUCACAACGGUAUGGUGUCGAUGAUAUGGCAGGAAGUGCGAGGAAGAUAUACGAUGCUGCUACAGCUGCACCAGAGGAGCAUUCUGUCAUACUACUUGCACAUAAUGGACCAACAGGUCUAGGUUCAAGAAUUGAUGAUAUCUGCGGGCGGGAUUGGGUAGCUGGCGGUGGCGAUCAUGGCGAUCCAGAUCUGGAACAGGCGAUAUCUGACCUGCAAAGAGAAACUGGGGUUUCGAUCCCGCUGGUCGUGUUCGGGCACAUGCACAAGAGCUUAGCCUACGGGGGAGGCCUCAGGAAGAUGAUCGCCUUCGGAGCCAACAACCAGACCAUAUAUCUGAACGGAGCGGUCGUGCCUAGGGUGAAGCCUGCAGAAGCAAUGAACCCCUCCACGAUCUCCACCAGCGAAAGAGAUGAGCUCCAAGAAUCGGCAUCCGUGGGGCCCAUGUCACGGGCGUUCACCACUGUCGACCUCUUCGACGGCACCGUCGAGAAGAUCUCUGAGGUCUGGGUGCUGGUGAGCGGGGCCCAGGCUGAGCUCGAGGAGGAGACUGUCCUGUACAAGCGACCUUGUGAGCAUAUGUGA